AUGGGCCGUGGACAGGGCAUCGACCUCCGCGCCGAAGAAGAAGCAGCUCGUCGCGCUGCGCGCUCGGCUGUCGGAGGAGCCAGGUUUGCAGGCAGCGGGAGUCGCGCAAAGCACACCGACCUCCUGGGCGAGCAAGCUUUGAGGGCAAGACUGCAUCGCAUAUCGCACGAACACGGGAUGGCGUUUGAUGACGAAGCAAUGCGCCUCCUCGCGAUGGGUGCCGAGACACGUAUGCGGUCUCUGCUUGGGUCAGCGGUCCGCGCGCAACAACAUCGUGUCCACUCAACGCACCAGCAUAAACCACCUAUGCGUGCGAGCGGUAGUAAGGGUGCGAAGCCUUUGUGGAGCCAGAAGAUCACAUCGGACACGGCUGCCGUAAUGGCCGCACUGGCUACGGCGAACAGGGAGCAGAACAAGGCGCACCGUGUUGCGAGGACGGAGCGCAAUGCGCGUGAAACAGAAAUGGCUCGCGCCCAGGCUGCAGCUAAGGAGCGCGAGGAGCGCGAAAGCGGCUCGGCGCCGGACACCGGGGCCGGCGCAUCUCCAGCCGCACCGCCAGACGAGCCCGGACCAUCCCGUCAGCGGCCCAGUGAGCCGGUGUUCCAGGCGUCACCCACGUUCGGGGGCCCUCCGCCGGUGCCAAAGAAGUCGAAGGGCAAGAAGGCUGGCGGGCGUGACAUGAGCGCCGAGGUUCAGGCCAAAAUAACGAACCAGACAGCGACUGUCAACGCUGGCCGCAAGCGGUACGCGUGGGAGAUGGGUGGCGGGGCAUUCCGACCACAAGUGUCAUCGCUGCUGAGCGGGAAACGGAAGAAGGAGAAGGUGGAGGAGGAGGAGAAACAGCCACGGGAAGAGGAGGUCGAGGCACCGCCACCACCCAAGAAGAAGCGAACGGUGUCAGCGCCGCACCGCCGCCCAGUCGAUGUGGCCGUGCGCGGUGACAAGCGUGCUCGUGACGACACAGCCCUCACAGUGGUCGACGUCGUGUUUGCGCUCGAGCGUGAGGGGAGCGGGCGCGGGAUGGGGACUGCCGAUGAGAUUGUUCGCCGGCAGUACGCCAAGCCAGGCGGCCCCUAUGGUCCGUGGCAGUGA